AUGCGGAAAGCGCUCCACCUGACUUUGAGGGGAGACUUAAUAGAAUCUCUAAUGAAUACACUAAGUGGGUUAGGAGAAGCGGGAGGCAAUUACCUCCCGAAUGGACGAUGCCCGCUUAAUACUACUAGCCUUGUUCGGGCUGUUAUUUCCGACGAUCGGAUUGACAGUCCGGGCUUUCUGACAAAUGACUAUUAUGAUGUCAUAAAAUCGAAAACGUACAUAGCUGUUCCAGCUGAAAUACUUGGAAUAAUUCUACCACUUCUACUAGGAGUAGCCUUUUUAGUGCUAGCUGAACGUAAAGUAAUGGCUUUUGUGCAACGUCGAAAGGGUCCUGAUGUAGUGGGAUCGUUCGGAUUGUUACAACCUCUAGCAGAUGGUUUGAAAUUGAUUCUAAAAGAACCUAUUUCACCAAGUAGUGCUAAUUUCUCCCUUUUUAGAAUGGCUCCAGUGGCUACAUUUAUGUUAAGUCUGGUCGCUCGGGCCGUUGUACCUUUUGUUGGUAUGGUAUUGUCAGAUUCGAACAUAGGGCUACUUUAUUUGUUUGCCAUAUCUUCGUUAGGUGUUUAUGGAAUUAUUACAGCAGGUUGGUCUAGUAAUUAG